AUGACCGAAAGCGAUGCCAUAUUAAGCUUCGAGUUUGACGAUGAUAUAUUCGUCAGCAGCGACGAAAAAGCCGCUAAAAAGGAAGUGCUGCCUGAAAAGAUUGAUUAUGUUGCAAAGCAAGACACAGAAGGGUGGUUCUACACAAAAAGGAACCAUGAGGAGGUGAUGCUCGAUCGACAUGGUCCCAAUCAAUUAAAGAAUGCGGUGGAAUACGAUUAUCUUCAUAAACGCUACGAUCGAGCGCUCGAUACGGGAUUGCUUUACAUUCGAGUGGCUGAAUCCAGCAAGGAAUGCAAAGUCAGCAAUACGAGAGAAAUGUCCGAGAUCGUCGCUCACUGUGCGGCAAAACUGGGUCGUUACGAUAUACUGGAACAAAUGCUGGAUCGCAAACAAACACGGAAGCUUGAUUAUCGGGUAUGGCGUCAAAUAGCUGCUAUCAUGAUGGGUCAAGCGAACCCCAUGCGUUGUCACGUAGCUCAUCUGGCCAUAACUCGGGCGUUGUAUAUCAUGACUUCCACGCGAUGGAAGACAUCCAUUGACAUUGUACGCCAACGGCAUGAGAAGGAAAAACAGCAGUUGCAGGAGGAGUACGAUCAUAUUGAGAAACAGGGUGGAGAUCUCACGAAAUUCAUUGCUUGGAUGCACAAUGCCACCGGAACCGAGGAUCUGAAACAAGUAGGGUUAGACACGUUUGCUUGGGAUGAUCUGGUCUGGAUUUAUGGCGAAUGGACAAAGCGAAAAGAUACCGAUACCGAGAAAGAUAACGAAGAACAGGGUGUUCGACCUGUAAGAGAACUGUAA